AUACAUACAUACCUACAUACAUAUCUGGCCAUACCUAAGUUUAUUAUAAAAAAAAAAGACAAAAAAAACCCUCCCCUGUACAGGCGGGGGGGCCGACCUGGAGUUCGACGUCUUCUAAAUUCUGUUUAAUUCUCAACCUAUCCUGCUCUGCUUCGUCCGUCUGUCCAUCCCUCUGUCCGUCUAUCCCAGCGGUGCCGACGAACCAAUGCCCCCCAGAUACCAGCUGGGCAUUCAUCGUUCGACACAUUCGUUUCAGAGAAGAAAGGUGAAGAUUUGUCCGUUCGCUGUGUCGGCUAUCUCUAUACUCUGACGCUCGCACCCUUGGUCGCCAAUCAUCGAGCUGCGAAUUGAGCACCCGUCACUGCGAAUCACGGAUUGUGCGAAAAAAAAAAUUACCCCGGCCCAUUUACUCCUCCAACAACCACCGACAUAUCCGCUCCUAGUUCGUAGCCGGGCUCCUCAACCUCCGUGGCCGAGCGCCUACUUAAAUUCAUCGAGCCGAACAUGAGCGAUCUCGCCCCCGAUGCCGUCAACGUAGGCUUUAGGGAUUCUACGAAACCCGCCACCACCACCAUGAAAGCACAAGUCGAGAGGCCCCAGGCCUCCAAAGGAAGGCCGUUACCGCAGUCUCGCAACUCUAUGAACGGUCCCUUGUACAUGCAGACUAGUAACAACAAGGUUCUGAUACGGAGACUCAAGAGGAGAGAUGACGGCCCCAUGAGGGGCCUGGCUCGCUGGUUCCUGGACAACCAAUCCGGCCUCUCGUUUAACCUUAUUGCCUUGAUCUUUCUCGCUCACCUAUGUCUGCCCAAAGCACGCCAGCACACAUUGAAAUUCUUCACGCUCUCAUACUACAACCCGGCAUCGGGCCAGUACGCGAUUGGGCCAAACGACUACCACUUCGUCUCUUUCUGCAUUAUCCUCUUCACUGGACUCCGUGCCGGUCUCAUGGAGCAUGUAUUAGCUCCAUUGGCCAGGCUUUGGGGAAUCUCUAAGAGAAAGGAGAUAACUCGUUUCUCUGAGCAAGCUUGGAUGCUUAUAUACUAUACAGUGUUCUGGACUCUCGGUUUGUACAUUUAUGCCACCUCCGCGUACUACCUGAACAUGAGGGAGCUUUGGACCAACUGGCCAAAUAGAGAAUUAGAUGGCCUUAUGAAAGGGUACAUGUUAGCGCAGUGGGCCUUCUGGAUACAACAAGUUCUUGUUAUUCACAUUGAAGAGCGCCGUAAAGAUCACUGGCAAAUGCUCACUCACCACUUCAUCACUAUUACCCUUAUCUCAUCCUCUUACUGUUAUCAUCAUACCCGGGUUGGCAAUCUGAUCCUCGUUCUCAUGGAUGUAGUCGACCUAUUUCUACCACUCGCUAAAUGCCUCAAAUACCUUGGGUUUUCGAAGCUCUGCGACAUCACCUUCGUCGUUUUCAUGGUUUCGUGGUUCAUCGCUCGACAUGUGUUCUACCUCAUGGCGUGCUAUAGCGUCUAUAAAGACCUGCCUCAAUUAGUCCCUACGGGCUGCUUCCGAGGUACUAAUGCCAAUCUCACAGGACCCUUCCCCAUCCCUGAUGGGUGGGGCCAUUACCUCGAGCCAUUCAGCGAUUUCGAGGGAACGAUCUGCUUCUCCAGCUCUGUGCAAUGGGGUUUCCUCUAUUGCUUGCUCGGUCUCCAGGUGCUCACCAUAUUCUGGUUUUGCAUGAUUGUCAACGUCGCCAUUCGUGUGAUCAGGGGCGAUGGGGCCGACGAUACUAGGAGUGACGAUGAAGGGGAGGAUGACGAAUUCGAGUACGAGGAGGCGCAGCCACUAGAAGAGGAGGUGGGCGUCGAGUCUAUCGAUUUAAAGGGAUGGGAACGUCGGACAGGCGUCAAAAGGGGGGCAAGUUCAUCUGGCGUCAGUCUACCCGGGCACAGCGAUCGCAAGGAGUUGCUUGGUCGCAUUGGCUGCGAGAAGCAGGUUGACUGACGUAUCAGCACAACAAGUCCAUCGUGGCACCAACAUCGCCAUUGUAGUCGGCAGGUUCUCUCCCCCUCCCCUUCCCCGACGCUGGACAUCCUGCUUGUGGAUUUCGCAGAUAUUGAUUUCACGGACUCCUUAGAGAGCUACACUGACGGUGUCGCGGGGAUGAGAGAAACCCUCCAUUCUUACGAGCCCCUCAGGGCAAAGGGGGCAUUGGCGUGGUUACCUUUUCUAUUUUACUUACAUGGGCCGAUAUAGGCGCGGUAGUCGUGAAAGGUGUCCCGCGUCGAGGAGUGCAGAUGUAUUGAAUUAUCUGCUCUGAAUCGGUAUAUAUAGAGUUGAAAUUUAGUACAAAUACCCCCUCGUUGUUUUAUUGGAUUGCAUCAUGUUCAAGUUUUGCAUACAUUCGCCGAUGCGCGACGAGCUUCGUGUCAUCUGGCGAUAUUUCAAACCUUUUCAUCUUGAUUAUUUGCCUAGAAGGUCCUAUAGGUGAGGUCGCCCGCUGAGGGGGG